AUGAGUGACCGCGACUCAGCACUCUCUCCUGCUGAGGAGAAGCCUCGCUCCAUCGAAUCCGAUGAAAAGUAUUCAGCCGAUGCCAAGCGUCUCGCCGAGACUGGCCAGCUCAACGUAACUCGCUCCCUCGUCUCCACCGAAGGUGUCAUCGAUGCUGCCGAGCUCGACCAGGUCCUCGAUGAGGCUGCCAUCGAGGCUGCCGGCCAGGGCGAGAACAACAGUGUCUACCUCUGGGGUCUCACCUUCUUCGCUACCAUCGGUGGUCUCCUCUUCGGUUACGACACUGGUGCCAUCAGCUCUGUCCUCGUCCAGGUAGGCACCGAUCUCGACAACAAAGCCCUCGUCGAUUCGGACAAGGAAUUUAUCACCUCAGCUCUUACUGUCGGCGCCAUUAUCUCGGCUCUCGGCGCUGGUAUCGUUGCCGACAAGAUCGGCCGAAAAUGGACCCUCGUCAUCUGCGACAUCAUGUUCAUCGUCGGCGCUCUUGUUCAGGCCGCUGCUCAUGCCAAAUGGACUCUCAUCCCUGGACGCUUUGUGCUCGGCUUUGGAGUAGGAGCGGCUUCACAGGUAGUGACAGUCUACAUACAGGAGUUAGCACCCGCUCGGGCUCGUGGAAGGCUCACAUGUCUUAACUCGAUUGCCGUCACUGGUGGUCAGGUCAUUGCAUAUGCAAUCGGUGCUGCUUUCGAGAAUGUUUCCUCCGGUUGGCGCUGGAUCAUCGCCCUCGGUGCCAUCCCACCAAUCAUUCAGAUCUUCGGUAUCCACUUCUUCAUGUCCGAGUCGCCUCGAUACCUCAUCAAGCAGCAAAGAGACGAUGAAGCCACCCGUGCUCUCGCCCGCAUCUACCCUCACGCCACAUCGGCCCAGAUUGACGCCAAAAUCGGGGUAUUGAAAAAACAUAUCCAGAUCGAAAACACGCCCUUGUCGCGCCGCAUCGCCAAGGUCUGGACUGAUAUCCCCACACGAAGGGCCGUCUUCCUCACCAGCAUGACAUUGGUGGCACAGCAACUCUGUGGCUUCAAUUCUCUCAUGUACUUCAGUGCUUCGCUCUUCCAGAAAGCUGGACUCCGCAACGCCACUGCAACUGGCCUAAUCGUCUCGGGCACCAAUUUUCUCUUCACCUUUAUCCCGCUGAAAUACAUAGAUCGGGUAGGACGUAGACGUCUCCUCCUCGUCACUAUGCCAUGCGUCAUCAUCUUCCUCGUCUGCACUGCCGGAAUCUUCUACAAGAUGCUGGAACCCACCAAUCAGCGCUUCACCGACGGAUAUCCGUACCCUUCCUCGCUCACCUCGGCAAUGCUUGUAUUCAUGGUCCUCUACGUGGCCUCCUACGCUACUGGUCUUGGCAACGUUCCUUGGCAGCAGGGCGAGUUCUUCUCCACCGAGACUCGCAUGAUCGGCACUUCCAUCUCCACCGCCGCCAACUGGUCCGGUAACAUUGUUAUCUCGUCCACCUUCCUCAGUCUCAUGAACGCCAUUACUCCUUCCGGCGCUUUCGGUUUCUACGCUGCUCUCACCUUUGUUUUCCUUGUUCUCAUCUAUUUCCUUUACCCCGAGACUUCGCUGCUCUCGCUGGAGGAAGUCCGCACCACCCUCGACGGUGGCUUCAAUGUCAAGAAGUCGCUCAAGGUGCGAAAGGAGAAGAUCUCUCUGUGGAAGGCCCAGAAGGAAGCAUCCAAGGCGGAGACCAGUGCUUAA